AUGCCAGGCGACUUACCAGUCGCGGCAGGUCAUGCAAGCGAACAUCCGAGCGACGCGAGGCAUCAGCCGACGAACGGUAGUGCGGUCGAAGCGAAUGGACUAGGGACCAACGGAAAGGACGCUGAAAAUGGCGAGAACGGCGCGUUUACUAAGGGAAACGGUAGUUUUUCGGAGAAACAUCAUGGCUCCAACGGUCACUUGCUGUUAGAGGAGGUGCUGGAGACUGCUGACGUGGCGAAGUUGACUCACGCGCAGCGCAAGGCUCUGGUAGAGCACGCGCUAAACACGCUCGACCAAGACAAUGAAGGGUUCCUCUCCAACUUCGCCGCUAGACUCGAGAGGGUGGGCGUCGCGAUUCCAACGGUGGAGGUGCGCUUCGAGGACAUCCACGUGGAGGCGGGCGUGUACGUGGGCGACCGAUCCGUGCCCACCCUGCCUAACUACAUGCGCGACGUGCUCUCCCAACUGCCCCGUGCGCUGCAUCUAAUGCGCGACUCGCGCCAGCGCCUUCCCAUUCUCAACGGCUGCUCAGGCAUCCUUAAACCAGGCCGUCUGAGGCAUAGCAUGCAGCACGGCCGCACACGAUGCUGGUGUCACCGCGCUCCGUCUUCCCUGCUCAUCCUUCUUACUCUCUCCCUCUUUCUCCUCGAAUGCGCUCCCGUUCCUCGUGUUCUGAAACGUGUACAGGCUGACGCUGCUGCUGGGCCCGCCAGGAGCUGGAAAGAGCACGCUCCUGCAGGCGCUCGCUGGGUUGCUGCCCAAGGACGUGAAGGCGUCGGGCACGAGCCGGGGGAGUUCUAUCUGCCGCACACGGCGGCGUACGUGCCGCAGACCCAGGCGCACAUCGGCGAGAUGACCGUCAGGGAGACCUUCGACUUCGCUGCGCGCAUGCAGGGGCCCGCGUACCGCAAGGAUCUUGUGAGGGAAGUGGAGGAGAAGGAGAAAGAGACAGGCACGAUACCGGAUCCGAUCAUGCAGCAGAUGAUGAGGGCGAUGGCGUUGGAGGGCAACGCUACCAGCGUGCUUACAGACUAUAUUGUCCAUAUCCUGGGGCUGGACGUGUGUGCGGACACGGUGGUGGGCAGUGCACUCAGGCGAGGCAUAUCGGGCGGCCAGAAGAAGCGAGUCGCUACUGGCGAGGCGCUGGUGUCAGCGAAGCAGGUCCUACUAAUGGACGAGAUCAGCACGGGCCUCGACUCCUCCACCACCUUCCUCAUCACGCGCUGCCUGCGCCACAUCUCGCACCUGCACCGCGCCACCACGCUCGUCGCCCUCCUGCAGCCGGCGCCCGAGACGUACGAGCUGUUUGACGACGUGCUGCUGCUGGCCGAGGGCCACGUGAUCUUCCACGGCGCGCGCGAGGAUGUUCUGCCCUUCUUCAACUCGCUCGGCUUCCAGUGCCCGCCCAGGAAGGCCGAGGCUGACUUCCUGCAGGAGGUGCUAUCAGUGAAGGACCAGGGGCAGUACUGGGCCAACACAGAGCAGCCGCACCGCUUCAUCCCUGCACAGGCGCUUGCUGCCGCCUUCAGCGACACACAGCGCGCCAAGGAGCAGCAGGCUCAACUCUCCACGCCGUUCCCCAAGGAGAGCAGUCCCAAGGGAGCACUGGAGCACCGGCAAUACGUGCUGACGGCGCGGGAGAUCUUUGACGCCAUGGUGCAGCGCCAACUGCUGCUCUUCAAGCGCACCUCCUUCAUCUACUUCGCCUCCAUCGCCAAGAUCAUCCUGAUGGCACUAGUGACGUCCACAGUGUUCCUGUUCCCUGAGAUGCACGUGACAGUGGCAGGCGGGCAGAUCUACCUGGGAGCCAUCUUCUUCGGGCUCAUCGUGAUGCUCUUCAACGGUGGCUCCGAGACGCCCAUCCUCAUAGAGCGUCUGCCCAUCUUCUACCGCGAGCGCGACGCGCUGCUGUACCCUGCGUGGUCCUACGCCAUCCCCAUGGCGCUCAUCUGCAUCCCCUACUCUGCCGCCCUUGCUGUCGCAUGGACGUCCAUUGUCUACUUCCUCGUUGGCUUCGCCCCCAACGCCGACCGGUUCUUCACGCAGAUGCUGAUGUGGUUCCUCAUUCACCAGGUGGGCAUGUCGCUCUUCCGCUUCGUCGCCAGUGUGGGGCGCAGUCGUGGUGUCGCCAACACCUUUGGCACCUUCGCCCUCAUCGUUCUCUUCCUCCUCGGAGGCUUCGUCAUUGCCAAAGAGAACAUCCCCCCGUGGUGGAUCUGGGCGUACUGGAUGUCACCACUGGCCUAUGCACAGAACGCCCUCGCAGUCAACGAGUUCAAGGCACCCCGGUGGCAAGUGCUCGCGCCAGGCAGCAACAUGACCAUGGGCGACAUAGUGCUCAUGUCUCGCUCCCUGCCCACGGACGACAGCUGGCGCUGGAUUGGCAUCGGGGCCUUCGUCGGUUUCAUUCUCGUCUUCAACUCCCUCACCAUCCUCGCCCUCACCUUCCUCAAUCCGUACGCGGCAGAGCAGCAGGUGGUGUCGGAGGAGCAGCUGCAGGCGAGGCACAUGGCGCGCACGGGGGAGAUGAUGGACGAGAAGAAGCGCAGCAGGGGCAGCAGGCAGCGCAGCAAGUCUCGUGGCAGCAGGAGCAGUGGGGCGCUGGACAAGUACCGCAAGAAGAGUGUGGAUGCCUCUGCAGAUGCGUCGGCGGUGGCGGAGGCGGGGGAGGCGGGGGUGCGGGGCAUGGUGCUGCCGUUUGAGCCGCUGUCUCUGUCCUUCAGCAGUGUCAACUAUUACGUGGACAUGCCUGCAGAGAUGAAGGCGGAGGGCGCUGAGGGCGACCGCCUGCAGCUGCUGCGCAACGUCUCCGGCGCCUUCCGCCCCAAAGUGCUCACAGCCCUCGUGGGUGUGUCGGGCGCGGGGAAAACGACGCUCAUGGACGUGCUGGCAGGGAGGAAGACCGGGGGGUACAUCGAAGGGGACGUGCGCGUUUCCGGGUACCCCAAGGUGCACGAGACGUUUGCGCGCGUGUCCGGAUACUGCGAGCAGGACGACAUUCACACACCGCAGGUGACGGUGUACGAGAGUCUUCUCUACUCGGCGUGGCUGCGCCUGCCCCAGGACGUGGAUAAGGACGUGAGGGAGGACUUCGUGGAGGAGGUGAUGGAGCUGGUGGAGCUGGAGGCGCUGAGGGGCAGCAUUGUGGGGCUGCCGGGGUUGAACGGGCUGUCCACGGAGCAGCGCAAGCGCCUCACCAUCGCCGUUGAGCUCGUCGCCAACCCGUCCAUUAUCUUCAUGGAUGAACCCACCUCAGGGCUGGAUGCGAGGGCAGCGGCCAUAGUGAUGCGCGCGGUGCGCAACACAGUGAACACGGGGCGCACGGUGCUGUGCACCAUCCACCAGCCGUCCAUCGACAUCUUUGAGUCCUUUGACGAGCUGCUGUUGAUGACGCUGGGAGGGCAGGUCAUCUACUUCGGCCCUCUGGGCGUGCAGUCACAGCACCUCAUAGACUACUUCCAGGCUGUGCCGUCGGUGCCUCGCAUCCCGACUGGCUACAACCCUGCCACGUGGAUGCUUGACAUCACCACGCCAGCAGCAUCGGAGCGCACGGGCGUUGACUUUGUUGACCUCUACCACAAGUCGGACCUCUUCAAGCGCAACCAGGAGCUAGUGGAGUCACUCAGGACCCCCCCGUCCGGGCAGAACGACCUGCACUUCGCCACGGAGCACUCCACGUCGUUCCUCACGCAGUUCUACGUGAACCUGUGGAAGCGGGCCGCCAUGUACUGGCGUGCGCCCGACUACAACGCUGUUCGCUACAUCUUCUGCACCGUCUUUGCUCUCCUCAUCGGCCUCGUCUUCUUUGGUCUUGGCAAGAAGACGGCCACCAUGCUCGAUCCGCUCGUGGCAGUGGAGCGGACGGUGUAUUACAGAGAGAAGGCCGCAGGGCUGUACGGUGCGCUGCCGUAUGCGUUUGCGCAGGGGCUGAUCGAGCUGCCAUACGUGCUGGUGCAGACGUUUCUGUACUGCAUCAUCACGUACGCGCUGGUGCAGUUUGAGUGGACGGCGGGCAAGUUCUGGUGGUACUUCCUGUUCAUGUUCAUCACGCUCUUCUGCUUUGUCAUGUACGGGCUGCUCGCCAUCUCCAUCACGCCCAACGAGCAGCUCGCCAUGCUGCUCUCCUCCUUCUUCGUGCCCUUCUGGAACCUUCUCUGCGGCUUCAUCGUCCCCCGGCCGCAAAUCCCGGUGUGGUGGCAGUGGUUCUACUGGCUGACGCCCAUCUCCUACAGUCUCUACGGCUUGAUUGAGUCGCAGCUGGGAGACAUCACCACGCCCAUACAGGUGAACGGAAUGACGGGCACUCAGACAGUGGAGAGCUUUCUGACCAAUUACUUUGGCUUUGAGGCCUGGUUCCUGCCCUACGCUGCACUCAUCCUCGUUGCGCUCACCAUUGUCUUCUUCUGCUGCUACGCAUACGCUGUCAGGAAGGUUAACUUCCAGAGGCGGUAG